UAGGAAAGCCAAAAAAAGCUGGUCUUUCUCUCACAAUCCACAGCCUUACCCGUCAAGAAACCGUUUUUCCUCUCCAGUUAACUCCACUUUUGAUCCACACAAUCUUUUCCUUGGUCUCUGAUUUUGGCUCACGACUCUCCGGAUAAAGGGGUGGAGAUUGAUUUGACUCUCAAUCUCUGUCCGCUAGGACUUCAUAGAGUUUGAGACCUUUAACCUUGGCAGCGUGGGUUCGGGCCGCCCUUGAGACUUUUCUUGGCUCUGCGGGUCAAAAUCGGCCUGUUCUGGGCUUGUCCUCGAGGGCCUCAGGCAGGGCUGGGCCCCUCUCGCCGGGUCAAAAGCCCCGUACCACCCACAGCACCCGCAGAGAGGCUUCUGGCGGCGUCGAGUCAAUUUGCCGGAGCCUGCCAGGCGCAGGUGCGCGCUGUGCGCAGGCGCACGCGGCCCGUGCGUGGUCGCCCGGCACCCGCUGUCUUCCCAGCUCCUCUCGCUCCCCCGGGCGGGCGGUAACGUCCAGGUAGAGACUGGUAGGAAAAGGGUGGUCUCUCCUCUAAGUCCUGUCCAGUCAGGAGCCAAAAAAAAAAAAAAAAAAAAAAAAAAAAAGAGAGAGACACAGGGAGAGGUGGAAAUAGAUUAAGGGAAAAGAAGAAAUUCUACACGAUUUCCUCUAAAUCUAAAAGCACCAUGAAAUCGGCGUCCGCAGGAACCCCAUCCACCCGGCGCUGGCAAAGGAUGUAGGAAGAGGGUUCUUCGUGAGAAAAUGCUCCAGUUGAAGACUGGGAUGCAUCAGCCCUUAGAGAGGAAGGGAUCUGCUGAGAGGGGAGUGAAUGAGCAGAAGACACAGCCUGAGGAAGCAGGAUUUUCCUCUGUGUUCCACAGGGGGAAAUAUUCCUUGAUCCAGGAUCAGCUUCAAGAGUUGACCCAUCUGCAGCAAAAGAUAAGGAUUGGGAGAGCUGUCUCUUCCGUUCUCAUCCAGCAUGUCAUGAACACAGUGAAGACCUUCCAGGAACUCCUCAGCAGGAAUAAGUUUGACGACUACAUGAAGGAGCAUUUCUGUGAGCAGCUGGCCAAGGUCAGCCAGCUAGCAGAGAGCCUCGUCAGCAAAUUCAGCAUGGAUGAUUGUAUAAGUAAGAAGUAUCAAAGAGAACAGAUGCUGCGGAACCUCAGUAUCUUAAGAAAGAUGCACAAAAUGGAUAAAGUGACAGAUGUCGUAGAGACCUGCCCCCGGAUCUGCUCCAGCAGCUAUGCCCAGUCUGCUGCCCAUUGCUUCCUCAACAGCACCUCCUUACUACUUGAUGAGCAGGAAAUGCGCCCUGCAAUGGACGUGGCCAAUGUCCUUGUAGCCACUCCUGCUGAUUCAGCUUCAUUGCCCAGUAACCAUUCAGAAGCCAUGUCUGCCCAGCCCUUCUAUCCUUGGAGUGGCACCGCACAGCUGAACUGGACACCAGACCCUGAGCAUCGUGGCAGCAGUAGCCCAUGGGACAAGAUGAACCUUCAGAGAAGGAAUGCAUCUGAGAACCUAUCCUCUUCCUCUUUGUACCUGCCCAACUCCAAGCCCUCUGGGGCUGACCUGCUGGAAAAGAAUCUUGUUGAAAUCCAGAACCUGCGCCAACGCCUGGAGGCAUCUGUAUUUAUCAGUGACCGCCUGCGGGAAAGGCUGGAAUAUGUGCUCAGCAGUGCUAACCAAGGAAGAAGCACUUCACAGUCAGCUCCAGAUGUCUCCCUUGCAACCUGUCAUUUAUACACUCAGAGUCACUCUUCUGGCUCUGGUUGGGACAUCUUGUGACAUGACACCAGGAGGGUCUAGAGGAAUGUUCUCCAUAUUUUCCAGCCCUGUCCAACAGCAUUCAUGGGUAUAAACUUGGAGGCAUCAGACAUUACCCUUAAAUGAAUGGAUCAAAUUAAUAAAGAAUUAUUAAAAAUUGUU